AUGGCUCAGGAUGCCAGGAGCAUGGCCUCGAAGUGCCCUUUGGAAAAUCUGCCGAAUGACGUAUCGGUGGCACUGUUGUCAGCAUCAACAUCCUUUAGGGGCCUUCACGCAAUCAUCCGAGCUUCACCUAAGCUAUACCGCUGCUUUGUUUUAUUCAAGAGAAGCAUCCUCAUAAACAUUCUCCUCAAUGAUCUAGGCCCCGUCAUCAGAGAUGCUGUCGCUCUGUCUAUCACUCCACAAGUAGGAUGGGAUUCAACACAUGAUUACGAAGGGGCCAGUCAAGCGAUUGAGAGAUAUCAAUCCUUACCAGCUGGCCUGAAGUCGACAACGGGUCUUACCAUCGAGAGUGUUAUCAGUAUCAUUCGGUUCCAGUACGUAGUCGACUUCUUCAUUAGAGAGUAUACGUCGUGGAGAUUCCCAGUGCUGCGGAGGGCCCACCCAGACGCAGCCGUAUCAUUGAGCAAUGUCGAGCGACAGCGUCUGGCACAGGCAUUCUUUCGGUACCAACUUCUCAAUCGCAUCCAUCCAGAGCUCUCGCACAAGGAAACAGACAAUCGAGUGCUGCAAGCCUUUCUAGGGCAAUUCUCUGCCUGGGAGGUACAGCAAUUGGUCUGCGCCCACAUUUUUGCCUACAAGCUGUGCAAUGCGAUGGCCGGCUUCAAACCUGUUGUCAUUGACCCGCAUGCCCCAGAUUAUCGUCGUCGGGAAACAAUGUUUUACGAAAGUCACACACAGGAUCUUGCCCUUUUGCGGGAAAAGUUAGAAUCGGUAUACGCUGCGCUAGUCGACAACCCACGAGAGUUGGAAUCUUUAAGAAGACAGCUAGCAAGACCCGACAGUUGUCACUCCAGAAUCAGCUUUCUAGAGAGCAGUCAUUGUUGGACGCAAGAUCAAGGCGGCUUUGGCUACUCCGACCCGACUUUCAGGCAUGCCAUCUGGGAGGGAGAAACCUCGGAUGAUUGUCACCGUCGUGAGCUUGAAAUGCCACCCAUUGUGUACGGAAUGACUGUCACAGAUCCACCCUUCGGAUGGGUUGAUGCUCUUGACGGACUUAACUGCUCCCGAUGGGGAGUGGAACUCUACAAGCAGUUCCCGCACAGCCGUGGCACCGGAAUAAGCUACAGCGACAACAACGGCUGGCCAGAACGACGGAAAAAGGUGGCUCGUUGGUGGUGGAUGGGAUUUUUGUUCUGGGACAAAGACCGAGUCGAUCUGUUGAAGUCAGCGCUUCCUGAUUACGGGACAGGUUGGCUGCCCCUCAUCUGGGAUUACAGCGUUACCUUGUCUGAUGAGCUUGGAGUGGCAUUUGAUUGGGUUUUGAGAAGGCCGAACUGCACCUAG